AUGAAUAACAUCUCCCCCUUCUGUCUCUCUGUCUCCCCACAGCUCCUGAGGAAGAGGCACAUAGGGAACGACAUUGUGACCAUUGUGUUUCAGGAACCGGGGACUCUGCCCUUCACCCCUAAAAACAUCCGCUCACACUUCCAACACGUCUUCGUCAUCGUCAAGGUCCACAACCCCUGUACUGAGAACGUCUGCUACAGGUACAAACACAACCCCUGUAUUGAGGAGGGAGGGAGGGAGGGAGGAAGAGCAGGUUGGAGGAGCAGAGGGAGGUGGAGGAGGAGGGAGGGAGGAAGAGCAGGGUGGAGGAGCAGAGGGAGGGAGGGAUAGAGGGAGGGAGGGAGGGAGGGGGAGGGGGAGGGAGGGAGGGAGGGAGGGAGGGAGGGAGGGAGGGCAGGGCAGGGUGGAGAAGCAGAGGGAGGAGGAGGGAGGGAGGGCAGGGUGGAGAAGCAGAGGGAGGGAGGGAGGGAGGGAGGGAGGGAGGGAGGGAGGGAGGGAGGGAGGGAGGGAGGGAGGGAGGGAGGAAGGAAGAGCAGGGUGGAGGAGCAGAGGGAGGGAGGGAGGGAGGGAGGGAGGGAGGAAGAGCAGGGUGGAGGAGCAGAGGGAGGGAGGGAGGGAGGGAGGGAGGGAGGGAGAGCAGGGUGGAGGAGCAGAGGGGGGAGGGAGGGAGGGAGGGAGGGAGAGCAGGGUGGAGGAGCAGAUGGAGGUGGAGGAGGAGGGAGGGAGGAAGAGCAUGGUGGAGGAGCAGAGGGAGGGAGGGAGGAAGGGAGGGAGGAAGAGCAGGGUGGAGGAGCAGAGGGAGGUGGAGGAGGAGGGAGGGAGGAAGAGCAGGGUGGAGGAGCAGAGGGAUGGAAGCACAUCUAACAUACUGUAGGUAGCAUCAGGAAGAAGAAACUACCUUAGUAAACUCAGUAACACAUGUAACAUCCUAAGUCGAACCUUGAUGGCCUCUCCUCUGGCGGCGAUGUUUUUGGUCGGCCUCUGGAAUCAGACCAAUUGCUCUGGGGAGAGCGAACAAAGGAUCUGCAUCAUCAAUGGCAUGACUCCACAGUCAUGUCUGGAAAUCACUAAGAGCCGUCACGACUCCACAGUAAUGUCUGGAAAUCACUACGAGCCAUCACAACUCCAGGUUUAUCGCGCAAUCUCCCACCCGAUGAGGUGGUAAUUUUGUCGCCUGUGUCUUAGAAAAUGCGUGCGCCAGAUCAUGGUAUUCGGGGGGAAUAUGCACAGUGGAGGUACCGUCUGGACUUUCCACUGUAGUUGCACCAAUGGAAACACCUAGACACCUACCCUGACACUCUCGCAACCACCCCGUGGGCGAACUACCAUGUGAUCUGGAAAGUGGAUGGGUAGGGUACAGUGCGCAGCAGAAAGCUCUGAACGAGUGUGGGUGUUCGAUACCUGGGGUGAUGCGAGAGUGCCCUGCCUACCGCCUCCAGACCCAAAAGAGCGUUGACUAUGACGUGUGGUGUACUGUCCCUUCGUGCCACCAGAGUGGCACUGUCGCUGUCCUCCUCCGCUCUCUCGGACGGCGGCUCCACCCAGCUCCAUCAGCUCGGGAUCCAAGUCGUCCUGGGGUGGAAACGGGCAGACCGCUACCAGGACGUCCUCUGGCUGCCAGCAGGUUGUCCAAACCGAUGGCCAUGUCCACCAAUUUCGUGAAAGACAACAUGGUGUCCCAGCAGGCUAGCUCCCGUCAGACGUACUCCCACAGAUGGCACCGUAAAUGAUCGAUCAGGGCCCGCUCAUUCCACCCGGACCCCGCUGCCAGAGUCGAAACUCCAACACGAAGUCCUGCGCGGUCCUCGUCCCCUGCCUUAGGUGGACCAGCCGCUUGCCCGCCUCUCGACCCUCGGGUGGGUGAUCGAAGACCGCCCGAAAGAGGCGAGCGAACUCUCCGUAGUCCUCCAACGCAGCUCCUCCUUCAUUCCAAACCGCGUUGGCCCACUCCAGGGCUUUCCCCGAGAGGCAGGAAACGAGGACGGACACCUUCUCCCGCUCCGAUGGCGCCGGCCUGAUGCUGGAGUAAAGCUCCAGUUGGUAGAGGAAUCCUUGCCAGAGUACCGCCGUCCCGUCAAACGCCCGUGGUCGGGAUAUCUGGAUCCCUCCGGGUGCUGGGGUGUAGGUGGCUGGAUCCGGUUGGCCAGCUGGUCUCGACAGAUCGGGUCCUCUCCUCUCCAGGCGUUGGACGACCUGACAAACCCGAUCCAUCGCUUCCCCCAAAAUGGCCAGCAUCGUGGAAUGCUCCUGGAUCCGUGCCACGACUCAAGGCAUGCGCUCUUCUCCCGCUGACUCCGUAGCGGGUGGGUGAUUCUGUGAUGAGUGUGAUAGAAGGAGUCAGGCACAGGAAGGUAAUCACCGAAUGCAGAGUUUAUUGCGCCGUACACAAAUAGCACUGGAUAGCGACAAGCGAAACAGGCACAGGGAAAAAUCUACCCUGGCAAUACAAGGUAACGGUAGUUCCAACAAUAACAGGCACAGGGGAAAUAUCUACCCUGGCAACAAAAUGGUACGAGUAGCUCCACCGAGCUACUCUACUCUCACAAAUAAACAAUCACCCACAAGGACAAGGGGGCAGAGGGAACACUUAUACACGGACUAAUGAGGGGAUAUGAACCAGGUGUGUGUGAUUGACAAGACAAGACAAAUGGAAUGAUGAAUAAUGGAGCGGCAGUGGCUAGUAAGCCGGUGACGAUGAACGCUGAAGCCUGCCCGAACAAGGAGGGGAGGCAGCCUCGGCUGAAGUCGUGACAGUACCCCCCCCCCUCCCCCCGCCUUGAUAGGUUGUUUUUAUUGUCAAGACUCCACAGUGAUGUCUGGAAAUCACUAGAAGCCAUCAUGACUCCACAGUAUUGUUUGGAAUCACUAGGACCCAUCACAACUAAUGUAUGGAAACCACUAGGAUAGGAGGUUUUUAAUGUCAUUACUCCACAGUAAUGUCUGGAAUCGCUAGAAUAAGUUGUUUUUAUUGUCACGACUCCAGAGUAAUGUCUGGAAAUCACUAAUAUAGGAGGUUUUUAAUGUGACGACUCCAAAGUAAUGUCUGGAAAUCACUAGGAGCUAUCACGACUCCAUAGUAAUGUCUGGAUAUCACUAGAAUAUGAGGUUUUUAAUGUCAUGACUCCACAGUAAUGUCUGGAAAUCACUAGGAGCCAUCAUGACUUCACAGUAAUGUCUGGAAAUCACUAGGAGCCAUCUUGACUCCACAGUAAUGUCUGGAAAUCACUAGGAGCCAUCAUGACUCCACAGUAAUGUCUGGAAAUCACUAGGAGCCAUCAUGACUCCACAGUAAUGUCUGGAAAUCACUAGGAGCCAUCAUGACUCCACAGUAAUGUCUGGAAAUCACUAGGAGCCAUCAUGACUCCACAGUAAUGUCUGGAAAUCACUAGGAGCCAUCAUGACUCCACAGUAAUGUCUGGAAAUCACUAGGAGCCAUCAUGACUCCACAGUAAUGUCUGGAAAUCACUAGGAGCCAUCAUGACUCCACAGUAAUGUCUGGAAAUCACUAAGAUAGGUCACUGUUAAUGUCACAAUAGGAGCUAUCACGACUCCACAGUAAUGUUUGGAAAUUACUAGAAUAGGUCACUGUAUAUAUCUACUACUGUCAUCCCCAAGACAUGGGAAGACAUGUCACUGUAUAUAUCUACUACUGUCAUCCCCAAGACAUGGGAAGACAUGUCACUGUAUAUAUCUACUACUGUCAUCCCCAAGACAUGGGAAGACAUGUCACUGUAUAUAACUACUACUGUCAUCCCCAAGACAUGGGAAGACAUGUCACUGUAUAUAUCUACUACUGUCAUCCCCAAGACAUGGGAAGACAUGUCACUGUAUAUAUCUACUGCUGUCAUCCCCAAGACAUGGGAAGACAUGUCACUGUAUAUAUCUACUACUGUCAUCCCCAAGACAUGGGAAGACAUGUCACUGUAUAUAUCUACUACUGUCAUCCCCAAGACAUGGGAAGACAUGUCACUGUAUAUAUCUACUACUGUCAUCCCCAAGACAUGGGAAGACAUGUCACUGUAUAUAUAUACUACUGUCAUCCCCAAGACAUGGGAAGACAUGUCACUGUAUAUAACUACUGCUGUCAUCCCCAAGACAUGGGAAGACAUGUCACUGUAUAUAACUACUACUGUCAUCCCCAAGACAUGGGAAGACAUGUCACUGUAUAUAUCUACUACUGUCAUCCCCAAGACAUGGGAAGACAUGUCACUGUAUAUAUCUACUACUGUCAUCCCCAAGACAUGGGAAGACAUGUCACUGUAUAUAUCUACUACUGUCAUCCCCAAGACAUGGGAAGACAUUUCACUGUAUAUAUCUACUACUGUCAUCCCCAAGACCCUGACCUACCCCCAUGUCUUCUGUGUCGCCCUACAUUAGUAUUAACUCCAUCCUCUCUUUCUCUCUCCCCCUACAGCGUUGCUGUCUCUCGUUCUAAAGACGUCCCUCUGUUCGGCCCUCCGAUCCCCAAGGCAGUGACCUUCCCCAAGUCCGCCGUGUUCCGAGACUUCCUAUUGGCCAAGGUCAUCAAUGGGGAGAACGCCACCCACAAAUCGGAGAAGUUCCGCGCCAUGGCGACCAGAACGCGCCAGGAGUACCUCCGCGACCUGGCCGAGAACUUCGUAUCCACGGCAACCAUGGAUUCGGCUGUGAAGUUCAGUUUCAUCACACUGGGAGCCAAGAAGAAAGAGAAGGUCAAACCUCGUAAAGACGCUCACCUGUUCUCCGUCGGCGCCAUCACCUGGUCCGUCACCGCACGGGACUUCGGCCAAUCAGCAGACGUGGACUGUCUCUUGGGCGUGUCCAACGAGUUCAUCGUUUUAAUAGAGGAGCAGUCUAAGAACGUGGUGUUCAACUGUUCCUGUCGUGAUGUCAUCGGAUGGACGUCUGGGAUUAUUAGCAUCAAGAUCUUCUACGAGAGAGGAGAGUGUGUGGUGUUGUCUGUUCAGGACGGAUGUGAAGAAGAUAUACGAGAGAUGGUGCAGAGACUAGAG